UUUUUUUUGCUUCUGAUUUAUAAAAAAUGUGUCCAUGUGCACGAAACAAAAGGGACGGGUUUUUACAACAACAUAUACUUUUUUAGAUAUAGCUAUACAUAUAACAAUGAGUGAUAAGACCAAUGUUGUAUCUGAACAACCUCAACAAGUCCAGCACGUUGUUGGUGGUGUUCAAUGGAUGCCUUCUCCACAAGUACAAAUACCACUUGGCUGCCCACCAGGUUUGGAGUAUCUCGUGCAAGUGGAUCAACUUGUUAUAAAACAAAUUCUGGAAAUGUUGGAAAUUUUUACUGGAUGGGAGACAAACAACAAAUACCGAAUCACAAACACUUUGGGACAAGCAGUCUACUUUGCUAUGGAAGAUACUGAUUGUUGCACACGAUAUUGCUGUGGACCAGGUCGUCCAUUUGAAAUGAAAAUAUUGGACAACUUUCAACGUGAGGUCAUCCAUCUAAGCCGACCGUUGAGAUGCCAAGGAUGUUGUUGUUAUUGUUGUUUACAAGAAAUUGAAAUUCAAGCCCCUCCUGGUGAAGUUGUUGGUUACUGCGUACAAAAAUGGUCACUUUGGGAACAAAAGCUUGAAAUUUGUGAUGCGAAUCGAACACCUCAGUUACUGAUUCGAGGUCCAUGUUUGCCAAUCAGCUGUGGUAGCGAUGUUCAAUUUGAGGUGUUAUCAAUGGACGGUGGUACUGUAGUUGGUGCCAUCACGAAACAGUGGGUGGGCUGUGGUACGGAAUGCUUCACAGAUGCUGAUACGUUCAGUGUAACUUUUCCCAUGGAUUUGGAUGUAAAAAUGAAAGCUGUGAUGUUAGGCACUUGCUUUCUCGUUGAUUUCAUGUUUUUUGAGAAAAAGAACAACUAAAAAAUGGCUGGCGAGUUUGUAUGUAGACGUUUUGCACAUAGGUAAUUUUUAUAAAUAUAGUUGAUUUUGAUGUUGUAUAGUCGUGAGGCCGUCUAGUGCAGUCUAUUAUAUAAUUGUAAAUUUAAUCUAGUUCUGUAUGUAGUUCCUAGGACUUUGUAAUUUUUUGAGGUUUUUUUUUUGCCGCAUGUUUUAUUUUUAUAAACGUUUUUUGAAACUUUUUAGUUCACCAUGAAAUCCACACCGUUUACUUUCUAAAAUGUUUUACAUUCUAAAAUUUCGAGCAAAGCACUUUGUCAUCAUAGAUAUCCACACCGUUUACUUUCUAAAAUGUUUUACAUUCUAAAAUGUCGAGCAAAGCACUUUGUGAUCAUAGAGAUCUUCAAUAAUGUUUAUUUUCAGUUGUGAUUCGUAUUAAUUUGACAAUAAGAAAAAGCGUGUAUCAGCCCUCUAAAUUUAAGAGAAUCUAUGACGGCAUAAUAUCUCCGCCAUUAUGAAAAACAAGCGGGAUUUGUCAAAAUGCGGGAUCACUUUACGAGGCAAUGGCGAUGUGGCCAUGGUAGCUCAGGAUGUAUAGCAUGGCCAAAUCGCUUAAAAAUUCGAAGUUGAACAAGUGGGCCUUACGAUCUUUGAAAUUUAGAUUAACUUUUUAAGAAAGUUUGGAAUGGGUUACUUGUACUUUAAAUGUUUACCAAAACAUCAUUUUUUUCAUGACACGUUUCAGUGACAUAUUUCAAAGAUAAAUUAAUUCAGUUAUGAUAGCAGUUUUAAGGUCUUCAAGGCUUGAAAAAUUAAUAAAAAACCUUGGUCAUUGUAUUACUCAUUAAAUCACCUUGAAUUUGAUUUAAUAAACUAGUUAUACACCCUGUAGCUGAUAAACAGACAACUGCGUCCCGCUGGUAAAAAGCUGAAUGCUGCCAUAGAUUGAGGGAGCUGGUGUACGCACACAGUUGUCACUUCAGCACAUGUAAAGUUAUUAAAAAUUGAUGUAUUAGGUUUUUAUAGGCCUAAGUUAUAUGAGAAUGUUAUGGCUGUGAUUCAAAAAUCAAGAACACAAUAAGAACAUAUUUCUUCAUAAAACAAAUCACGUUUAGAAUUACCCAGAGCAAUUAUUCUCGAAGAAUUUUUUUGUUUCAUUUUAGUAUACGAUUUUGCACUAAUUUAACUUUAACUUCCAUACAAUUUUACCAAGCUUAAAAUAUUCGUUGUCGGUAUAUCUAACCGUAUAUUUUCUAGCCCGGUGGACCCAGCGUAAUUCAUUUUUACCACUGAGAAAUAAAAUGAGGUGGAAAAAAUUACGCUGGGCCGCAAAUAAAUUUCCUUUAUGAUUGAUUA